AUGAUAAGUUAGAAAUAAUUACCCAACAUUUCAAGGACGCCUCAAGCCAGAAGUUUCCACUCAAUAGAACAUUUAUUCAACUCUUCUUAAAAAUAAUCCAAAUAAUUUCACGAUAAUUCGUUAAAAUCUCUUCAUAACAUUAGUAAUGUCUCAUUCAUUCGAAAUGAUAAAUAUGAGGUUAAACAAGAUGUAUUUAUACAGUAAAAAUUGAUUAGUAAUAUUAUGCAUCUCCAUUGUUAAGCAAAUCUUAAAUGUUCGAAGUAGAGAGACAAAGCAGACAACGAAAAAAUGAGGUGUAUUCUCAAAUGCUGAGUGAAAAUCCAUUCAAAUUUAAUAAUGAUUCUUCAGAAGACAUAGUUCCUGAAUAUCCUCGAAGUACUUACACAAAUUUAUGCAAAUAUUAGAAGUAUCUUCUAUUCAUGUGAAUUUAUUCGAUCUAAGAGAUAAGGAGAAAUUAUCAUAAUUGUUGCAUGAAACCAGCGAAUUUUCUGACAAACUGUCCUAACACAUCCAAUAAACUAAACCAGCUAAUGUUCUAAUUUAAAGAUAAGAUGUCAUAAAAUUAGCUUAAUGGAUUGAUUAUUAGAUGAAAAUAAUUGUAGUUGACUCAAAACUAAAGGAAGAAAAGCUCCUUAUUCAAUUGGAGUAAGUAUUUAAUUAGAGUCUCAAAGAAUUAGUUAGAGAAAUAUCAAUUGAUUGUGUAGAAAAAGGGUAAUUAAGUUCUUUUAAUUAGAGUUUUAUUGGAGAAGAUUUGGAAUCAAUAUGUCAAUUUUAAUAAUAUAGUCAUGUAGGCAAAUCAAUAGGAUAAAAUCAAUUAAGAAACAGAAUACUUAAAUCAAUUAAAAUAAGUAAAUACUCAUAUAUAAAUUAGGUACAUUAAACCUAUUAAAUAUCAGUUUAGGUUUAUGAGGACAAAGUUAAAUAAUUAGAAAAAUAAAUACAAUAGUAAUAAUAAAGAUAUGAAGAAAAAGUCAUGGAUUUUGAUAAUCUAAACUCAAAAUAUAAACACAUCAUUUCAAAAUUUUAAGAUUAAAAAUAAGAAAAUGAUGAACUUAAAAAUAAUUAUUUCAUUAAAAUAAAUGAAAAUGAGGAUUUAUCCAUAAAAAAUAAUGCCUUAUUGACUGAAAACCAGAAAAUACUAAAAUAACUCAACGAUAGAAUUAAUCAUAGUCUCUCAAAAUAAAAAAGAGGUCAAAAUGGCUAUGGAGAUUUUGAGGAUCAUAAAUCAACUAGUUGUUAUGAUUUAUACUCUACCAUGGAAAUCCAUGUCAAUAAAUUAACUCAAACAAAUGUAGAUAAAACUCAAUAAUAUGUACAAACUGACUAUAGAUAUUUCAAACAAGUAGGAAUUUAAUGUGACAAUUUAGAUAUGGACGAACAACCCAUAUCAACCCCUUAGCCAUUUGUAAAUAGGUAAUUUUUAUCAUUUUUGUAGAAAUAAUUCCAAUCCUCCAAAUUCAGAAUUAAGAAAAGCUAAGGAAAUCAAUUUUGCAUUAGAAGAGAGAGUGCGAAUGGAGAUUUAAAUUCAAGAUCAAUUGAGAAAAUAAAAACAAUUAAUUUAAAGAGAGGUUGAAUCUUAAUAAAUAAAAUUAACUAAUUAGGAUAAUUUAAUUAUUCAGUUACAAAAUGACAUUUAACACCUUUAAUUGUAAUUGGAAAAGUAAAACGAAAUUAAAUAAAGAGAAAUGACAGUCGUUAGUAUUGAACAACAAAAUACAGAACAAUAAAUGACUUUAGGACCUCAACAAACUACCUCUUCGAUCAAAACAAGUUACAAAAUUGAAACUUAAAGUAAAAUUCAUCAAAAUGCAUCAGAUCUAAAUAAAUUAUCACAAAGCAAGAAAUCUAAAUAAUUAAUAAAUUUAGAAGCAUCCAAGUAAUCGUAACCAUCCUAAUAACUUAAACAGACAAACUCAACUGGAUUAAGCAAACUAAGUUCAGUUGAAACAAAAGAAUCAAAAAAAUAAGUAAAAUCCUUUAAAAAUUCAUCUCAAAUAAUCCCUAGAAGAUAAUCAUAAAAUUCACUUCAUGUCAGUAACUCCUAAGAAUUAGAUAAGAAUUAAGUUAAUGAGGAUCCUUUAAGCAAACUUGUUAAUGAUUUCAUGAUUGAUACAAAAACUAAUUUUAAUUAAAGAGGAAGCAUUGUUUAACAAAGAAGACUGACACAAUAACAGAAUUAUAUUAUGAUUUAAUAGGACAAGUUACGUAAAGAUUUAUUAUUAUCAUUAGAAUAGAAAUAAUAAAAAUUGAAAAGGGAAAACAUUUAUGUUGAUGUCGCUUUAGCAUUUAUAAGCUAAUUGUAACAAGAUUUUAAAUAAAAUCCAGAGUAAAUAGAAAAUACAACAACAUUAUAAAAUAUAUUAAAAUAAGUCUCUUUUUUCUAUAAGGAAAGGUUGGAGUAUAAGUACCCAUUAUAUGCUAUUUGUUAUGAAUAUUUUAUGAAUCAAUAUGGAUUAAAGAAUGUUGCUGAGUAAAAAAUGACUUAAUUUUGUUAAAGCCUAAUGUUUUACCAAUAAAAUACUAGAAUUAGAUUAUUCUCUCGAUUUCUACAACUAUAUGAAGGGAUUUCAAAUGAUGAUCUAGAUUUCUAUAUAUAAUCUUUAUCAACACUAGAUGAACAUUCUAAUCCGUUGAAUCUAUUGUACUGCAAUUAAACCAAUGAAAACAUAUAUGUUAAGCAAUCGAAAAUUAUAAAAUAAUUAAUGAUGUUAAAUGAAAAAGGAUAAGAGAUUAUAGAGUAACUCACUUAAUAUCAUAAAAUAAUAAAAGGUGAAAUAUAUGUUGAUUUAGAUCAAUAUUAUUAAUUCUGCCUCGAGCAAUUUCAAUAUAUAAGAAAAAUAUAGAAAGACAACUUCAAUGAACUAUUUUUAGCAAUAGAUGUUGAUGAUAAUCAGAUUAUUAGUAUUGAAGAAUUUGAGAUAUUAUUUAAUUUGAUUGAAGAGAACUAAAAUUUAUUACAAUAUAAAAAAUUAUUUUUGAAAGAGAUGCAAAAUAAUGACGGAUUAAACUUUUAUUAAUUUGGAAUGUUUUGCAUGCAUUAUAAUUUGUUUACAAAAUAAAGAUAGGAUAAUUUCUUUUUUUCAAAUCAAGAUAGCUUAAAUGCUAUAUACAAUAAUUGGGGAAGUUAAAGAACUAUUAUUACUAGUCGAUUGAAAUAGUCUAAUUGUUUUAAUUAUUAUUAUCAGAAUUUAAUUAGGAAAUUAGAUAAUGUAAUAUUAUAAAUUGAAUAUUAUUAGGCCUUGAAAAAUAAUUUGAGCUAUACUUGGAAUUUAUGGAAAAUCCUAGAGGAAUAGUCCAAAAAAGUAUUUUUGGAUACCAUAAUUUUGAGUAUUGUUGGAAAUAAUAUAAAUAGUAUAACUGAAAAAUAUGAAUAUUUAUUCUCAAAAGAUUGA